AAAAUGGCCAACAGCGAACUGGUGGUAGGACUGAUCUUCUUAACACAGACGACGGUUGGCAUCCUGGGCAAUUUCUCACUUCUUUAUCAUUAUAUCCUCCUUUCCUUCACUGACUACAGGUCGAGGUCCACAGAUUUCAUUCACAAGCACCUGACUGUGGCCAACUUCUUAGCUCUGCUCUGUAAAGGAGUCCCCCAGACCAUGGCAGCAUUUGGGUGGAAACAUAUCCUUAGCCACUUUGGAUGCAAACUUCUUUUCUUUCUUCACAGGAUGGGGAGGGGAGUAUCCAUCGGUAGCAUCUGCAUCUUGAGUGUCUACCAGACCAUCACGAUCAGCCCCACAAACUCCUGGUGGGCAAAGCUUAAAGUAAAAGCUCCCAAGUACAUUGUUCCCUCUAUUUUCCUGUGUUAGAUGCUGCAAAUGCUGGUAAAUGUCAUUUUCCCUGUGUAUAUAAUUAGUGCAUCGAGCGACAAAAACAUCACAGGUGAAAAGAAUUUCGGAUACUGUUCUUCAGUUCGUCAUGAAAAAACCACAGACUCAUUGUAUGCAGUAUUGCUCUCACUCCCUGACAUGCUAUGUUUGGGGCUCAUGCUCUGGGCCAGCGGCACCAUGGUUUUCAUCCUGUUCAGGCAUAAGAAGCAGGUCCAACAUAUACGAAGAACUGUCUCCGCCAGGUCCUCCCCGGAGUCCAAAGCCACCAAAACCAUCCUUCUCCUGGUGAGCACCUUUGUCUACUUUUAUUCCCUCUCCUCUGUCUUUCAAGUUAUUUUGGCUCUUUCUGAUAAUCCUGGCUGGAUCCUCGUGAAUGUCACUGUGAUGACAGCUGUGUGUUUCCCAACUAUUAGCCCCUUUCUGCUCAUGAGCCACAACUCCAAGGUACCCAGGCUCCUCUUUGCCUGGAGAGGGAAUAUAAAAUCCCCUUAUCUUAGGAGAAAUAUGUAA